AUGGUGAACUUGUUGAAGAUGCUCCGUUUGGGAGGUUUCAAGUCCUCAGACCUUUACUUUGGCUUCGCCGAGAAAGUGAUGGGUCCUGAUACUCCGCAUGACGAGACGAGGACGAAGUGGAUGAUUGACAAGAAUGGAAGGAAGGUUGAGGCAGUUCCAGAAGACAUGGAGACAAAGAGCAGCAGAUACGAGGAGCUCAUCGAGAGAGAUCUCGUCGAGAAUCCAGAUGUGAUGAACUCGGAAGCGAUCAUCGAUAGGUUGAGCUGGGCGAAUGUUGUGUGUUACUAUGCGGAGCAAGGAGUCUCGAAUGCUACACAGUUUGCUCUCAAGCUCUUGCAUCAAGAGCCGUCCUUCAAGAUCAGAAGGCUGAUCGUCAAGAGAUUGAUGUUCGCGGCUAGACAGCCCGUGACUCCAGAAAAGAAAGCGAUCAUGGAAGCGACUAUAUCAGCGAUAUCCGACGAUCACGCUGACGUCCGCGGCCUCGUGAUUGAAAUGUGCGAUAAGAAAUGCAUUGAACAAGACCGACUCGAUGUCGACAUGUACCUAGCCGUCUCCAAUCGUAACACAGCCUUGCGUUUGCGUGGCCAUUGUGCUUCCUCGGACAAGUUCGAGGAUUUGUCAGCCUCGGGGCUUGUAGGAAGUGGUGCCUGGCUGACCCUACAAGAGAUGGCGAUCGCAUUCAAGGAUGACACCUUCUUGCGGGGGUUGGUUGCAAUGCUGUCUCAUCAGGUGUUUUCCGUUCGAAUCUGCGCGUGGCUGUUUCUCUCCGAUUCCAGCUUUGCCUCGGAAAUCGAAAGAUGCAAAACUCUUGAGAUCAAGAUAACUCAGUUGAGACGACGGAAUAGCAAGCUUCGCAGCAAGAGAUCACAAGUAGAGGCUCGUCAUGAAAAUGCGAUUCGUGAAUUCAUGGAGAAUUCCAGGGACAGGAUCGCUUCUGAAAGACUGAAGCUGCAAGGACGUCUGAAUGAUGACUUGUUGGCUCAAAAAACACAGGAAAUCAUUGAGAAAAUUAGAAGCUUUGGGAUGAAAAAUGAUGAAAUGAUUAUUUCAAUCGGCAGAGAACUACAAAGAGCCAAAAAAAAGGAAAAGUCUACCAGCAAUGAUCUCUCCAUGUAUCUAGAAUCAUAUCAACAAUGCGUAAGCUCGCUCAAAGAAAUGAUCAUUUCAAAAGUUGGUACGAUGCUAAGUUACAACUCGUCGUAUUAUUUGAGCUUGAAUUCCUUCUUUGAGAACAAAGGAAGGGAAAAUUGGUAUAUUAGGAAGUCUGCUCUGGAAUUUCUGGGCGAGAUUGCAAAGGCCGGGUACGACUCAGCAAAGGAAUUUCUCUCUUCUUCUGAGAACGACAGGAGCCCGUACGUGCGACGAGCUUACAGGAAUGUGGUGCAAGAGGUCUUGGCCUUGAAGAUUCACAGCAAUCAAAGUCAAAGCCAAGUCAUUUCGCCCGAGAAGGAGAGCAAUGCUGCUGAUAUCUGUGCUACCCCCGAAGAUCAACGAAAGUUCAACAAAGCACUGAGACUACGAAGGGAAAGAAUGGGAGAAGAACAACUGAUUCGCAGUGUGAAUGUUUUAGAAUUCUCGUGCCGAGAGGUUUGCAAAUUUCUAGAAGAACUGCGACCAAGAUUUUUGGAGCAAACAGAUCGGUAUAUUCGACAAGCAAAGCGCAAUGAGGUUGAUGGUGAACAGCUUAUAGACAUGUCCGAAAAAGACAUGCGCGAAGUUCUUGGGAUUACAAUGCGCAAGCAUAGAGCGAUUCUCAAGCUGAAGAUCAAAGAGAAGAUAGAUUACUUGAAGUUCUACACUGACCCGCAGCAGAUGGAAACAGCCAACAAGGAGCUGCUUCAGGAAUCAGCCAAGAAGUACUUCAGGAUCAUGAAAGUUGAUAGGAACUCAGAGUCAAAAGACGAGGUUGUCAAGACUUUAUCGUUCGAUGUUCCCCAAAUGCAUAGCGACGAAGCUCGUUGUUCUGCCAUUCUUGUCAAGCGAGCAGACGGACAAUUUGUUUUCACACAAGUUUCUUGCGUCUCAUCAGGGGUGAAGGAGGGAGACAUCUUGUUGAAGAUACAAGACACCAACAUCCAUGGGUUGACCUGGGACAAGGUUGCUGACCUCUUCCUAGCCCACGGUCAGAUCUGCAUGUGUACCAUACUCAUCAGCAGCGAGUCAGCUGACCCUCGAGGCUCGUCGGGCCCUCCUGACAAUUCUGGAGACGAGCAUGCUCGCAUCAGGACCCUGCAAGUCAUCAGCCACUGUGACUCCCGGCAUCACUGCCGCGAGCAAGUCCAGGGCCUCGGGCUAAACGUGGAGCUGAUGAGCUUCGAUGACUUCCAGCUGCUGCAGCUGAUCAACUGGUUCUCUCGGCACAAGUUCUCCAAGUACCUUGCAAGAGUCCUGAGCGAGAGCAGCAUGAAUGACCUCAGACACCUCGCCAUGCGUCACAACGACAGCCAAUGGCUGCAGAGCCUUGAGAUGGAUUCCCAGGACCUGACUGCCUUCCAAGAGGCCAUGGUGCAGCUCGCGACCAAGUUCGGAAUCAUCAAGGAGGAGAAGCUUCUCGAGGGCGAGAGGCGGUUGGACUUUGGUUUUGACUGGGUCUUGUUGCACGGCAGCACAGCUCCCUAUGUCUCGCGUCACUCCUCGCGAUUUCGCAGUCAGGACGCGAGUGAGAGUUUGAGUCAAUUCAAGACGACAGGGAGGGACGCGGUGGUGGUGGAGAGGAGCCUGGAGGGGCUGGAGUACUCGCUCCUGUGGCAUCGGUCGAUGAAUGUUGGAGUCGAGCUCAUGCAUACGAGCACCGGCAUGUUCCGGUUGCACGUGCCGUCCUCAAGCAAGACUGCUCCGACCGCUGCCAACCCAGUCAAAGUCUUCCUCGUCUACUCGGAUGGCAGUGUGGAGCCAACGAGAAGUCUGAAUGCGAUUCAACUCUGGGGAGAAAUCUGGAAGCAAGAGCCUGUUGAAUACACAGAAGAAGAGCACGCGGUUGAGGAGGAAGAGCAGGGUAAAAAUCCAAGUGAUGAGGAAUCGGAAUCGGCAUCAGAAGUCUCCGUUCAUCAAGACAACAUCCUUGGUCUCAAUUUUGGGUCUUCAACACCGAGGAGCCCUGGGAACAAGUCACAAGGGCAGGAAAAGCGCCACGAAAGCUCUGAGAUGGAUUCCGAAGUUGAUUCAGACGGAGAAGACGAUGUGGUGGGCUACCAUGUGUUCCCCUCAGUGGGGAUGAGAGUGGGGCUCAGGUCUGUGAUCGCCUCCAAGUAUCCUCACCUCUUAGAGGAGACAGGGGGGUCUCUGGGCAGAAUCUCUUGGGUUGACCCCACAGAUCUUGACGGCGACGGGGUGACGGGUGACAUUUGUGAGGUCACGUGGGACAACGGGUACAUGGGCGACUACCGCACGGGGUUUGAAGGACACUUCAGGUUGAGGGAGGUGAGAGAAGAAAGGCAUGCCCAGGAGCGAGUCAGGGUCAAGACAGUGAUAGGGAGAGAUGUCGACCCUCAUCGAGGUCAGCGAGUCACCGUGUCGGCCUCUUCUGCGCGCGACGAGCCUGCUGUGAAGAGCGGGACCAUUGUCGAUGUCAAGGAACUGGGUGACCCGUCCAAGAAGAGCAAGCUGUUGCGAGCUUCAUGCAAAGUUCUCUUCGACAACGGAGAGGAGAGAGACAUUGUGAUCGGAGGAGACCUGGAGAUGUGUCCGGAGGAUAGGGGGCAAGAGAGCUUUGAGGCUGCUGCUCGACCGCUCCAUCUCCGAACCAUCGACGAGGACAGAGAGGUAAACUUGCACGUGCGAAGAGCCUUGAAAAAUGCUAACGAGGAUGCGCAGAGGGAAAGUGAGGAGCCAUGGGAUGUGCUUCAACCUCCUGCCGAUGAUGUUCAGUCUCACAAGUCUCAGACACACACCAUGGACUUGGGCGCUCUGCAGCCGAUGGUGUCGUAUCACUUCCCGUCGCAUGCGCAGCAGACGAACUUGGUGAUGGGGCACUGGGAAGGACGCGCCUGUUUCCGUCUGCACCCUCACCUUGUGGUGCAGCACUGCCGGGGGAAAGGCAACCUGAUGGAGCGGCGAGCAGCUGUCCGCACCUCGAUGAUGUUGACACAGCGAGGCAUCUACUUGUUUGCGUUCGAGGUGAAGCAGGGAGGAGAGAAAGUCAUUCAGAAAGCACUUCAGUUCAAUGCCAGCGGAAUGAGCGAGCUGAACGAGGAGAGAGCAAGGAGAUUGACGAGCGAAAACGAAGAAGAGGUAGCUCGUGAACUACAGCGAAUCGACCUGGAGCAAGCCCAGACCAGCGCAGCAACUUGA